AUGACUCGAGGUGAUCAGAGAGAACGAGACAGAGCCAAGAAGCUAAAAGAGGAAGCUGCAAAAGGGAAGAAAUUGACUGGUAGUCCACAACAAAGAAGAGAAGCUGAUGCAGCAGCCGUUCAAGAAAAGCAAGCUGCAAAAGCAAAAGCUAGAGCAGAAGCAGAAGCUCGAGGUGAAUUAUCGUUAUUCGACAAGAAAAUAGAACAAAGAAAAACCAACGCUACGCAAAAGAAGUAG